CACAAUCUCUGGCUACUGGUGAUUUUAAUAAUGAUGGUUGGUUAGACAUAAUUGUUGCUAAUGAUGGUCCUGAUAAUGUUGGUAUUUUUCUUGGGUAUGGUGAUGGUUUCUUUGCAGAUCAAAUGACUUUUCCAACUGAUAAUAAUCCAUCGUUUGCAGCUAUUGGUGAUGUCAAUAAUGACACUCUGUUAGAUAUUGUUGCUGCUACCCUCGGUUUGCGCACUGUCAGUAUUCUUUUAGGAUAUGGUAAUGGUUCUUUUGCAAAUUUCAUGAAAUUUUCAGUAGGCAUUUUCCCAGAAUCUUUAGCCGUUGUUGAUAUCAAUAAUGACGCUAAAUUAGAUAUUAUUGUCACAAAUAAGGGUAGCAAUUAUGUGUGUGUAUUAUUAGGGUAUGGAAAUGGCUCGUUUGCACCUCAAAUUAUAUAUCCAACAGGCGUCUCUCCACAAUCUUUAGCUAUUGGUGAUUUUAAUAAUGAUACUCUACUUGAUAUAGUUGUCACAAAUGCAGGCGAUAAUAAUAUUAUGAUACUAUUUGGUUGUCUUAAUCAAAUUUUUGUAAAGCAAAUGGUAGUUUCUACUGGGGAAGAUUCUCAAACACGAUCUGUUGUUAUUGGUGAUUUUAAUAAUGAUAAUAAAAUGGAUAUUGGAGUAGCCAAUUCAGGUACUAAUAAUAUUGGUAUUUUUCUUGGAUAUGGAAAUAUUACUUUUACAAAUCAAACAACAUAUUCAACUGGUUCAAAUUCAUCUCCAUAUUUUUUAGCAGUUGGCGAUUUCAAUAAUGAUACUCAACUAGAUAUUGUUACUGCUAAUUAUGAAUCCGAUACAAUAAGCAUUUUUCUUGGCUCUGGUGAUGGUAAAUUUGCAAAUCAGACAUCAUAUUCAACUGGUUCAUCUUCAUCUCCUUGCUUUGUAGUUGUUGGUUAUUUUAAUAAUGACAACAAACUUGAUAUUGGUGUAGUUAAUUAUAAUAACAACAAGUUAGGUUUGUUUCUUGGACUGGGUAAUGGAAUAUUUGAUAAUAUAAUGAUAUUUUCGAUGGCAUAUGGUUCUCAUCCAUUUUCUGUUGCUAUCGGUGAUUUUAGUAGCGAUGGUAAAUUGGAUUUUGCUGUGGCAAAUGAUGGUACUGACAAUUUAAAUGUUUUUUUACAAACCUGCUAA